AUGCUGGAGAAGACAGCGGCGAGCCUCGAACCAUGCGGCCUACAGCGAGUCCUUCCCAGCGCCCGCAAGUCGUUCAGAAGCAGGAGACAGCUCCACACGGCCUUUUGGCAGCAUGGUGCUGCUGAUGUCGAAAUCACGAGUGCUUGGCAGGUCUUGAUGCAUGGUGUUUUCGAUCCCAACCUAGACGCUGCCUCUUCCUCUACUGGUACAAAUGUCGACCCGAGACAUCCCGCACUGCGCGCUUCUACCUUCUUGCUGGAUUUUCUCUAUCCGACUGGAUCUCUGGCAUUUUUGCGCCGCUUCAGCCCGGUCCCUUCCGAUCGUCAUGAUAUCAAUAGACCCGUUUCGACCUUCGCUAGAGUCAGUCCUCGCUUGUAUAGCUCUUCAGCUUCUGCUUCCCCAACCGAGGCUGCACAGACUGAAGCAGGCAAUAUUUCAAAAGAGCAUCAGGAAAAUCAUGUCGAAGAACUAAAGAGGCUGCUGCUUUUGGACGACCCCGAGGAUGCUGAUCAACUCUGGCAUCAGUACACUUCGCUUGAAGAUGCUGCGAAACAGCAAUAUCUAGACCAGGUAUUGGUCUUUUUGUCGAGAACGAAACGUGCCACAGACUCGUGGAAGAUAUCAGAGCUGUUCCAACAGAUUGAACCGAGCCAGUGGGAUGGCUCCUUAUUUGUAGCUGGGCUCGAGGCUGAACUCAUCUUGCAAAACACUGAGCAGGCAAAGGUCAUCUUCGAAAAGGGAUUGGAGAACUCCACCAUGGAUCAGUCGUCACUUGUAGAUGCAUUUGAUCUCAUGCUCGCAGCUGCACUAAGAAGCUCCUCAAAAGAUCUUGUGUAUAGCAUAUGGAGAAUUCACGACAAAAUAACUGCACGCCUGGAUCUUGACGCAAUACCUCAAGAUCUGCACCGUGUAGGCUCCGUUUCUCGCCUGGGGGAUAUUGCCAUUGAACUAGGGGCACAACUCAAAAAAGCUCGAAGCCUCAGCGGCGUCACGUCAUUGAAGAAGCUGCUCGUUCGGUGUGCGUUGGAAGUGUGUCCAGACGGCCAAGUCCUGACUUUGCUGCGUAUGACAAAUGAUCCAGAUGCAUAUGAAAGAUUCAUACGCCGCUCAUCAAACUCACCAAAAACGCGCAAGUUCUUGUUGACUCAAGUAUACAAGCUCUAUAGAGACCUUCCACAAUCCUGCCCAAGCCAGGAUGCACUCCAUGUGGUUUUUCGCGCCUACCAGGGAAUGCUUCAACCACAAGACAAGUUUCCUGGCAUGGAAAUGCUUUGGGGUGAUUGGUUCACUUUCCAUCAGACACCUUCAAAGCGCGCCUAUCAAAUGAAUCUCGGAUUCUAUGCAUCGACCGGGGACAAGAAGCAGGUUUACAAGCUGUGGCAAGACUACAUCAAAACUCAUGGAGAGAUCCAUGUUCAGAAAGGUGGUGAUACAUUUGCACAUCUUCUCCAGGUACAUGCGGUCCGUGGGGAGCCACUUGAAGCCCAGAAAAUUUUCGAUGAAAUUUCCACCAGAUUUCGUCUGGAGCCUAACCGCCAUUGCUGGUGCAUUCUGCUUAAUGCAUAUGCCAAAGCUGGCGACUAUGAAGGUGCGAUUGCAACCUUUGAGAAGCUUCACGAAAGCCUGGGGGGCUUGGACAGAGUCAGCGUGGGGACUUUGAUGUAUAUGGCUGCGGAAAGGGGUGAUCUUGGCUUCACUAUUGAUAUUUACCGCCGUGCUCGUCGGGAAAACAUUCCAACCAACGACACUGCUAUACUUGGCAGCUUGGUUGAGGCGUACUGCCAGAAUGACCUAUUCCGAGAAGCAGAAGACUUGUGCGCACGUGCUGCUAUGAAGGGCUUGAGGGAACCACGUCUCUGGAACAGGAUUUUGAAUGCCUUCGCUCUACGGCGCAAUCUUGUUGGUAUCAACCGACUCUUGAAUCGCAUGACGGAUAUGGACGUGCCCUACAACGAGUACACAUAUCAGGAACUCCUGACGGGUCUCUCACUCUGCAGGCAGCCUCAACACGCGCUGCAUUUGCUGGCUGUCGCUGUCAAGGAUGGCGCGUUUGAAGUGAAUGAAGGGCACUUUCAUACCGUCAUGGGAGCCUUCAUUAAGACCGGCGAAGGUGACCUGGCUGUAAGGAUGCACAAGAUGAUGCAAAAAACCGGGUUCCAAGAGUCGGCGGACAGUCUAGUUUCCCUAAUGACUGCUUUCAAUCAGUGGUCACACUUACCACACAAGCGCAGAGCAGGUCAUUCACAACAGACACUACUGGGUGCCGCUUUGCGUCGAUUCUACAAGGUAUAUGGCAUUCGGCACGCAGAGAUGAGCCCUUCAGACCCGUCUCGAUCGCCGACACAAUCAUACACGCCAAGUAGCCUCCUUCAACAAGAUGUCAAGGCCUAUCACUUCAGCAGAAUCGUGUACCUCUGCACGCAAAUGAGGGACUUCGCAAAGGUGGAAGAACUUGUCCGUCUAUAUCGUUACGUCGCCUACGGAGAUGCCAAUUCCUCGGAACCACUGCCCAUCCAGAUGCUAAACAGUAUCAUGUGGGCAGACGUAUCGGAGAAACGAUACGAGGCUUUGCAACGCACUUGGGAUACGGCAUUUGCUCUCGCUCAAAAAGGCGGUCUUUCAGCAGAAUGGGUCGCCGGUUUCACCAACAGCAAGAAGAUCUCUACUCGCUUUCGGUACAUUCUAAACGAUGGUAUCAAGGCCAUGCAGACAAUGUACAUCGAACAAGGCGACGGUGUAUCCCUGCAGCGGCUGUUUGCCAAGGUCAGGAGUGCGGGCUUCGAAAUUGAUUCCAAGAACUGGAACUUGCAUAUCCAGGGCCUGAUUCAGUGCCAUCUCUACAAGGAGGCCUUUGAUGCCUGCGAAAAAUGGCUCAUGCCCAAUUGGACCGGUUGGGCCUCGGCGCGUAGGGGAGCCCCCAUGAAGAAUCUGAUCCCGCUGGACUUGCGGCGCAAGGGCAGCUGGCCGCGUUAUCUUCGUCCCGUCUCGCACACGCUCUACUACCUAGCCAAGGGCUACAGCGAGCUGGACAAGAUGGCGCCGUGGUCGGCCGAAACGUCCCAAAUCAUGAAGCGCAUCCGCGCCGACUGCCCCAGGUGCUACAGGGCCAUUAUCAGCAUGCGCAGCAACGGUUCGCCUUUGGAGCAGCAGAUCUUGGGCGAUGACACGCCGUUGCCGGCCGAUGAAGACAAUCAAGAGUAUGCCAUGUAUCCGGACGAAGGUGCCGAAUACGAUGAACACUCUGGACCCGAGCUCGAUGGCGUCAAGGGUGCGGACGAGGAUGAUUUGUCGAUUCCCGGGGCAAUAACGUCCCUCGAUAGGAGCUCGUAA